CUGCCUGAUUGCUGCUGCACUUUUGAAUUUCGACAAACACCAACCAACAAGGACGAUGACCACUGGCAGCGGUGGUGGUGAUGGCCAGUGGGAACGGUUCCAGGCCUUUGUUGGCAGGGUGAGGGAGAGGUUGGACGCGACAGGAUGCACCUUGCCUGUGGCUCAGGCACUCUCCGAGGCAGAGGAAGCACUUGCUGAUGCGAAGCGGGAGUACCUCAAGAAGAAGAUUAUGUGCGACCUUGUGCGCGACAUCGUCAACGAGGAUUCAGCCAUCGACCGUCCUCGAACGCAGCGGCACAACAAAACGUGCGACACAGCUGGCCGGCUGUUUCACGCCGCGUGUGCGCAACACAUGAGUCGAGUUGAUCCUACCACAAACAUCCGCCUCUUUGGCCUCGACACAGCAGACCUCACGUUGGAAUGCGACGAUGAAACGAGGCGGGUUGUGAGCCAAACCUUGGGCGACAUCAUGUCGUCUCACUUGACCAAGGUCGCCAGCAGUGUUGUCCGUAUGCACCACUCCACAUCUGAACGAGAUGCGGAAGGGCUGCUUGUGGCGAAGAGCAAGCAGCUACCGGCGUUGCUGCGAGAAGAGAAAGCGGAGAUGGGGGCAGCAGAGGCGCCGACACGGCAGCUGUUACUGCAACACAUUGACGCGCUUAAGCAGCUCAUGGAGCUGCAAGUACAGCACCUCAAGACACUGGAGCACAUUCUCCUCAAGUUUCGCAUCGGUUUGCACGAUGGCGACUUUACGUUUGCUGCGGGGCAGACGGUGCGUGCAAAGUGGCUCAUCGUCCGCAGCAGAAAGGCGCGAUACAGCCUCAGGCUGUGCAUGCAAGACAUCUUGGACAAAACGUACACGGAGCACACCAUACCGCAGCUGCAAUCCAUCCACGCGGAGCUCCAUCGCGCAUAUGAGCAUGCGGCGCAGCAGCACCACGCGCUCACAGCAGCACUGGAGGAGUACAAUGCACUGCCCGCUGAGUUUCGGGAGAUUGCGCGCGAGUAUCAGGAUGUGCAGCAGGACAUCGCUGCGCUAAUGGCCGUGCCACAGCCGCAAUCGUAGCACCCUGUGGUGUCUGGGUCGUUGUUGUUGUUGUUGUUUAAGUUGUU